AUGGCACCUGGGAUGAUGAUCGUAAACACUAAUCCAAAUGUAUCAAAUUGGAGUUUAGAAGGAGGAUAUAAGAACUUAUUUGGUUAUGGAAUUGAAUACCCAAAUCGCGGAUAUUCGGGAGAUCCUGCUAAAUUUCUAAUUAGUUUCUUCAUUUACAACCGAGAAUUUGAAUAUUUUGGUAAUGCUUAUCAAGGAUUUAAAGUGGCAUUGACCAUACCUGGCGAGACGUGGACUAUGUCACGAAACUUUUUUCGAGUUCCAAUCUCUGAAGAUACCCGCAUUAUGAUUAAACCCAAAAUGAUCACCACAUCAGAUGGACUACGAAGAUAUGAGCCGUACCAACGCGAUUGUUUCUAUCAAUUAGAGCGUCGAUUACGUUUCUUCAAAUUAUACACUCAGAUAAACUGCGAAGAGGAGUGCCGUGCGAAUUUUACCAAGAUGGAGUGUGAAUGCGUGAAAUUUUCUAUGCCAAGGGACAUUAAUACAAAAAUAUGUGGCGUGGCAAGCAUUAACUGUUAUCAGGCAGCUCGAAGGAAAUUAGCAGCGGUUGAGAGUGGUAAGAGGUUUCGUGAGAAAUGCAAUUGUAUGCCUGCAUGCACAUCAAUCGAAUACAAAGCAGAGAUCGAUCGAUCCAAUUUUGGCAUUGUUGCAACAGUACCGAAAGGUCAAGGCGUUCAUCUGGCAAUUCUGGCUGUUUGGAUCAAAAGCUCCGAUGUGGAUAUAGUGAAACGAGUUGAAACGUAUACGUUCUCUGAUUUUUUGGCCAUUUGCGGUGGUUUAUUGGGAUUAUUCUUGGGCAUGUCAGCCUUAAGCAUCAUUGAACUCGUUUACUUUUUCACACUUCAUUGGUUCUGGACGAUUCGACGGUUGAGAUCUGAUUAUUCAAACAAAAUAACUCAAUUGAAGUGUCUCAAGAAUAUUACAAUUCGAUUUGCUCAACCGAUCAAAACACUCUUCUUCGAACUGUGUGACAACAGCAACAUCCAUGGCGUUCGAUAUCUCAGUGAACGAUUGCUGCAUUGGAGUGAACGAUGUUGGUGGUUGAUUUUCGUUGGUUUAUCGUUAUGGAUAUGUGGCUCAAUGAUUCAAAACAUUUGGAUUCAAUGGGACGAAAAUCCAGUGAGCAUGCAGUUUACUUCGAGUGAAAUUUCAGCCAUUCCAUUUCCAACUGUCACCAUUUGUCCCGAAAUCAAAACCAACAAACAAAAGUUCGACGUGGAUGCUGCAAUCAAAUCCCUGGCGACAUUAUCCCAUAAUGAGUAUUUUUUGCCUUAUUUGGACACUUUUUCAUCAACACUAAUUUCUGUGCCUCCCGUUUUCACAGACAAAUUCUAUUUAGUAGUCUGGCCCAUGUUUGUCCAAAUUUUUAUUAUGAUUUCCGAAUGA